AUGAUCGAUCUCCCAGUGAUUAGGGGUCGUCUUACCCGAGUUGCUCAGUCUAUCCGAACAGUCACACGCUGCAUAGGUGGAAAUAAAGACUCCCAAGAAAGCGUACAGCGAGCUACGUUGCUUUUAUGUGAGCUGCUUGAUCUGCUGUGCCAAAUUCGAGAUCAACUGAGCUGGGCGGAAGAGAAAUGGGUCGUGGAUCCGUCACGUCUGCAUACCAUCGAUGAAGUCAUCCGUUGUUUUGAGUCGACCGUUGGGUCAAUCGAAAUGUACUUCCAGCCGGGGGGCAUCAGCACUCGCUCUCUAAGAAAACGUUUGUUGGAGAUUAGAUUCAUUCCCAGGUUGGAGCAUUUCAAGGCUAUGAUGAUCUUGACAAUGCAACCAGAGUCUCGGGAGAAGUCCCGGAUCGAGGCAAAACUUCGAAGUGUACUCCGACAGUUCUAUGAACUGGACCCCGAUUCAAUAACAGCCAGUACACCAAAUCCCGAUGACUACCACAAAAUUACGAGCCGGGUGACGACCCAGGGCUUCAUGAGGCUAGCAGACUUAUGCAAUAGACGGCACGAUGGAACAUGUGAAUGGAUAUUUGAUAAUGAUACGUAUACACAGUGGCUUUUUGGCUGCAGCAGAACGCUUUAUUGCAUUGGACCAGCCGGUGCUGGAAAGACCUUCCUCGCAUCUACCAUCAUUGACAGCCUGCGGAAUACAUUCACAUCUCCAGAUGUGGCAAUAGUUUUUAUUUUCGGUCAUGAUGAGACGGACGAGGACGCAACCUCCGUGGGAUUUCUCGAUAAAAUACUUGCCCAACUGGUAUAUCGGAAGCGGACGCCUUGUCAUACCUCUGUUUCCUUAUAUAAGUCUAAAUCUUUCGCCGAGGGAAAAGUAUCAGCAAAAGCAUAUCAAGAUGCUAUUCGUGCCGAGGUCAACAGAUUUUCGCGAGUUAUAUUCGUGAUUGAUGGAAUUGACAUGCAUGUGGAAAGUGAGCGAAUCUUGAAUCGUCUUCAAAAGCUACCGGAUCAUGCACAGCUCCUUGUCACCACACGAGAAGCAAAGUAUGCAUCCAAGGAUGAGCAUAUAUCCGUUAUGGCCGCCCAUACGGACCUUGAGACAUAUGCGGGCACCCGCAUUGAGCAGGACGAAAGACUGUCCGCUCUGGUGAAGCAAUAUCCCCCUGAGUUGAAGUUUGCUGUUAUUCGUCAAGUUGCUCUGAAGUCACACGGCUUGUUUCUAUUGGCCCGGUUACACAUGGAUCUGUUAUCCCGAUGCAAUGAUGGGACCAUGCUACAGAGGUCGCUUUCCCAUCUUCCCGAGAGUUUGAACGAUGCGUAUGGCGAAUCCAUGACACGAAUCGUCAGUCAGAAUCCUUUCGCCAGUCGUUGUCUUUACUGGACAUUAUAUGCUCAGAGGCCUUUGACGGUCUCGGAGUUAGAGUUUGCAGCAGGAUUUGAGCUACAAGGAAACAGCGCUUCGAAGGAGCCCUCCUCUUCUGAACAUACCAUGCUUGAUGAAACUGCCGGCUUAUUGACUAUUGAUGCAAUGAGUGGCACAGUUCAUUUGGUUCACAGGACGGCUAAAGAGUAUCUAAGUGGACCCGCUGCUCGGGUGUUUUUCCCUACUGCCAAGGUGAACAUUGCAGAUGUUUGUCUCUCGAUAAUUACCCCAGAUGAGGUGAUUGAUGAUUGUUACGUCAACCAAGGAGGAACUCCUCACAGCCCCCGAGGCGGGCUGCUUAAUUAUGCCACAACUUAUUGGGGGCACCAUGCUAGCGAGGUUGGCGAAGAUGAACAAGCAACGCAAGUUCUCAUCCGAGCAUUCAUAAACAAGCUUUGCUGGAGACGACCCCCUUUUACAAAGUCUUGGGCCGUCGGAUCGCGUGUGCCGAAACAGUUGGGUUUCGGAAAAUACUUUCCAGACUGGACGUCUCUCCAUGUGCUUGCUUACUUCGGCAUUAUUGAAAAAGCGAAACGCUUGAUUGACCAAGGUGCCGAUCUCGAUGACUGUGAUAAUGAACUUGGAGUUACCCCUCUACACUGUGCUGUAUACCGAGGCAAUGAGGAGAUGGUUGAACUACUUCUCAACUCCAAAGCCAAUAUCAAUGCUGCUUGCAAAGACGGCCAAACUGUUUUACACAUGGCUGCAGAACAAGGGCACCGUAAAUUGAUCAGGCUUUUACUUCACCGACGAGUAAAGUCCAAGAAAGCGAACCAGCAAGGAGAAACAGCUCUCCAGCUAGCUAUUGGGACGACACAUGAUGAAGCAACCGUUCCAUUCUUGAUCAAAAGCCGAUUUGACAUGGAUCUCCAGAACACUGUCACUGGAAACACUGCGCUGCAUCGAGCAGUGGAGUUGAGGCGACCGCGUAUUCUUGCCUUUCUUCUGGAGAAGGGGGCUAAUAUGAAUGUCUUAAACAGGGUCGGCAUGACUGCCCUUCAACUUGCCUGCAAAACAGACAACUGUGAAGCCGUAUCUCUUUUUCUUGAGCGUGGCGCUCAACUAGAGAUUCGUUCCUCCUUAGGACUCACUGCACUACACAUCUCUGCAUUGCAGGGAAAUUGGGUUGCAUUUGAUCUUCUGUUGAUUGCGGGCGCCGACAUCAAUGCAUGGGAUAGCGAAGGCGAUUCCUUGCUUCACAUGCAAGCCCGAGAACCUUCGACGAUUUCUAUUGCGGCACACCUACUCGCACAAGGUGCGGACAUAGAGGCAUGUAACUCACAGGGCUACACUUCAUUACAAUGCGCUGCCGUGUCUGGAAACAAAACAAAGUUCAUUUUCCUAGUAGAUCAAGGGGCGAGACUCGAUAUCCAAACUGCAAAGGGAGAAACUAUUCUUCACAUCACGCCCCCUCUCAACCAAGACUGUCUUGACAUCGUGGAAACACUAUUAGAAUGUGGUUUCAGUGCCAACGCAACAACACGCAGUGGAUUAACACCUCUGCAUCAUCUUGUCAUCAAUGCAUCCAGCUCACCAGAUUCCUCGAUUGAACAAACUGCCAACUUCCUUUCGUUGCUCCUGUCAUACGGAGCCAAUAUCGAUGCUCCGACGGCUUCUUAUGAGGCUGUCACAGCAUUGCACUUAGCAUUGAUGGUCAAUAUACCACAUGGAUCACUAGUGUCGCUGCUUAUCGAGAAUGGUGCCUCGGUUGAUACAAAAACAUCUGACGGUAGAACGCCGUUACACUUGGCUGCGGAGCGAGGCCGCCAUGAUAUUUUCCAAAUAUUGCUUGAUGCGGGCGCGGAUAUCUCAAUCAAAGACACCGAAGAAACCCCAACGGACGACAAGGUCAAAGGAGAUGGUCAGACUGCAAUAAGCCUGAUUGGUACGCAUUCGGUUACUGUCGAUUGGUCUGGUACUACGGACAAGCUACAUUCGUUACCAGCGAUGCAGCAACGCAAUAGCCCGACCGCCACUGUAAACUCAGUCGAUAGCGAAUCCGAACAGUGUCAGAUAAAUGAAAUCGAGGGAUCGAGCUUGAUCAGUGAGGACUACUCAGUUUGGGGAUCCAGAGCAUCAUCCACCUCCAUGGAUGUUUCGUCUAUCAUUUCUUCCUCUUGUUAA